AUGGCCGUGUCGCGCAUUGCGGCAUGUCGGGCAAUCAAUGGCCUGGGGCUUCGCCAGAUCGCAAGGUCGCCCGUAACGUCCACAGCAGCUUUACGAGCAAGCACACCUCGGAAUGCUUCAAACGUGUGCAGCCAUACUCAAUUGAGACACCAGAGCACUUCAAAUCCUUCUUAUAAUGGCUCUAAAAGGAACAAUGCCUCUUCUCCGCCGCCGCCGCCGCCACCGCCACCACCUUCCGCAAGUCAGCUUUUGAGAGCGAUAUCCUUUCGCUCGCUGUUAACUUCCCUGACGCCAAGGGGCAUCAAGAGGAUGUUUAGAGAAAGUCCAGAGGAGCUCGUGCUAGCACUAGCAAUUCUUGCUGGCUUGGCAGGUGUUUCCAUCUACAUCGUCAAGUUGUACUUCGACUACUUCAUGGCCCGUCAGUUCACCAAGUAUCCCAAGCCCAUCGCCAAAUCCCUCCGCCGAGCCCUCUACUACACAAACAUCAGCCCCGAUCCGAAUCUCGCGAGGAAAUACUACAAACAAGCACUGGAACAAUGCAAUGAACUCCAGCUAGACCCGUUCUCAGAUGAUGUUUUGGGCAUUAGGAUCCAGACCGCGGCAUGGCUCGAAAAGAUCGGCAACUACCAAGGAGCCAUUACUGUGUUGGAUUCUGUGCUCAGAGACUGCCUCAAGUGGGUGGAAUGGAUGGAGAAUUCCGUUGCAGAUGGAACAGUAGAAAAGUCAGGAAAGCCGCCUGCCGCGAAGCCUCUGUUGGAAAAUCAACGACUCGCAGUUCCGGAGAAUGGCGAGGAGAAGGUUAUCGAAAACCUGUGGCAUAAGCGCACCCGCCUUCUGGCCAAAGCCGUCGGAACUAGCACUAAGCUUGGUGCCCUUUACUCGGACGAGCAUGUUUUGGAGCCAGAAAACUCCCUGGCCCGACUAACGUGGGCCGUCGAAACGGCACUGGCAGAGUCAAAACGACGCCACAAGGAAGGUGUCAAGAAGGAUGAAGGUUCUUGGAUGAGCCCAGAAGAAAUUGGCGGUGCCAUGGAGUCCCUCGCCCAACACUACGAGACUAAAUCCCAGUUCCAUCUGGCAGUACCUCUCUUGUUCCAAGCAUUACGACUUUGUGCUAGCCCUUGUCAUCGAGUAACUAUCAUGAACAAUCUGGCUGCAGCAUUUGCCCAGCACCCUCUUCAGACCCCGCUGGACGCCAUUCCCAACGCGCCUGCCACUUCCGACGCAAUAGUCAGUCCCGACAUGCCAACAGACCGAGCCGGACUCUUGGAAGCUGCGAAGAACUGGGCUAGCAAUGCUUACUCACACUCAAAGGAUGUCAAGGGAGAGGACCGAACCGAAGAGUGUGACGAAGCUUGCGCCGUAGCAUUAACAAACAUGGGUGACAUCGCUGCCCUACUGGGAAAGAAGGAGGACGCAAGAAAGCGUUUCCAGCAGGCAAUCGACAUGAGCAGGAAGAUUGGCUUCGGUCCCGGCAUCUCUCAGGCCGAAGCGGGACUUCAAAAACUCUAG